AGACCUUUCUCUUCCUCCAAACUCUCUCCAUCGCCGCCGCGCCGCCGGAAAAAAUGGCCACCGCUGCCGAGAAUUCUGACGAUGACUACGUCGAAUACAUCCCCGUGAAGAAGCGCCGCGCCAUGGAAGCCCAGAAGCUCCUCCAUCGCCACCACUCCCACUCACCCUCCCCCUCUCCACCGCCGCCACCGCCACCACCACCACCACCCCUCCUCCCUCCCCACCCCUCCGAAUCCAAGCCCAGCCUCCUUAUCAAGGCCACCCAGCUUAAGCGCGACCUCCCCGAGAUCACAGCCACGGAAGCCCUAGUUCAGCAGGAGAAGGAAAUGAUCGAGCACCUCUCCGAUCGGAAAACCCUAAUGUCCGUCCGGGAGCUCGCCAAGGGCAUCACCUACACCGAACCCAUCCCUACUGGUUGGAAGCCCCCUCUCGCCAUCCGCCGCAUGCCCCCUUUCAAAUCCGAUGCCCUUCGCAAGCAGUACCACAUCCUCGUCGAGGGCGAUGAUGUCCCUCCUCCCAUCAAGAACUUUCGCGAUAUGCGCUUCCCGGAGCCGAUCCUCAAGAUGCUUAAGCUCAAGGGCAUCGUCCAGCCCACUCCCAUUCAGGUGCAGGGUUUGCCGGCGAUCCUCUCCGGACGGGAUAUGAUUGGCAUUGCAUUCACUGGGUCUGGGAAGACGUUGGUCUUUGUGCUGCCGCUGAUCAUGGUGGCGGUGCAGGAGGAGGUGAUGAUGCCUAUCCGGCCUGGGGAGGGGCCGUUUGGGCUGAUUGUUUGUCCGUCAAGGGAGCUGGCAAGGCAGACGUUUGAGGUUGUGGAGCAGUUCUUGAAGCCACUGGUGGAGGAGGGCGGGUAUCCGGAGGUGAGGGCUAUGCUUUGUAUUGGUGGUGUUGAUAUGAAGACGCAAUUGGAUGUUGUUAAGCAAGGGGUGCACAUUGUCGUUGCCACGCCUGGCAGGUUGAAGGAUUUGCUGGCGAAGAAGAAGAUGAAUCUUGAUAAUUGCAGGUACUUGACAUUGGAUGAGGCUGAUAGGCUUGUUGAUUUAGGAUUUGAAGAUGACAUUAGGGAGAUCUUUGAUCAUUUCAAGGACCAGAGGCAGACGCUGCUCUUCUCAGCUACCAUGCCCAAAAAGAUACAAAAUUUUGCAAGAAGUGCACUGGUGAAACCUGUGACUGUCAAUGUUGGGAGAGCUGGAGCAGCAAAUUUAGAUGUCAUACAAGAAGUGGAAUAUGUGAAACAAGAGGCCAAGAUUGUUUACCUCCUUGAAUGCCUUCAAAAGACACCCCCUCCUGUGCUUAUCUUUUGUGAAAACAAGGCUGACGUUGAUGACAUCCAUGAGUAUCUCCUGUUGAAAGGAGUAGAAGCAGUAGCCAUUCAUGGUGGCAAAGAUCAAGAAGAAAGAGAAGAUGCUAUCAAAUUUUUCAAAUCUGGGAAGAAGGAUGUCCUUGUUGCCACUGAUGUCGCCUCAAAGGGUCUUGAUUUUCCAGACAUCCAACAUGUGAUUAACUAUGAUAUGCCAGCUGAAAUUGAAAACUAUGUGCAUCGUAUUGGACGAACCGGAAGGUGUGGGAAAACUGGCAUAGCGACAACAUUCAUAAACAAGAACCAGAGCGAAACAACUCUUCUAGAUCUUAAACACCUGCUGCAAGAAGCGAAGCAGAGAAUCCCGCCUGUGUUAGGAGAGCUUAAUGAUCCAAUGGAGGACGGUGAUGCUAUUACUGAUGUAAGUGGGGUCAAGGGAUGUGCUUACUGCGGUGGGCUUGGACAUCGUAUCCGUGAUUGCCCCAAACUCGAGCAUCAGAAAACCAUGGCAAUUGCAGGUUCAAGACGUGACUAUUUUGGUUCAGGUGGUUACCGAGGAGAGAUGUGAUCAAGCCUUUGAAUUGCUUCUAAAAGGUAAUGCAAAGAUUAAAGCUGGAUGAACUGGUGAGGAUGAAUGUUCAUACCAAAGUUAUUCUGAAUGAAAUUCUCAAAGAAAUUGAUUUCUUAGUGCUAUAACUAUAACAUCUAAGAAACAACGACGAUCUGUUAGGAUGGAUGUUCAAAUUGCCUCCUGUUGAUUUUAUUCUGAAUGAAACUCAUAAAGGAAUUGAUCUGUUGAUCUUGUAACAUAUAAGAUACAUUUCUUCUCCUCAAAAUCAUGGUUUGGCAGGAUGAUUAUAUUGUAUAGUAUGCUGCAGUGCUGGCAAUGUAUUCCUUCAGGCAUAUUUUUCAUCUGUGUUUUUGCCUAAAUUGUUCUAUUUA